AUGGAGCCGUGGAAGCAGUGCGCGCAGUGGCUCAUCUACUGUAAGGUGCUGCCCGCCAACCACCGGGUCACUUGGGAUUCGGCGCAGGUGUUCGACCUGGCUCAGACCCUCCGCGAUGGAGUCCUGCUCUGCCAGCUGCUCAACAACCUCCGGGCGCACUCCAUCAACCUGAAGGAGAUCAACCUGAGGCCGCAGAUGUCCCAGUUUCUUUGCUUGAAGAACAUAAGAACAUUUCUAACAGCCUGUUGCGAGACAUUUGGAAUGAGAAAAAGUGAACUCUUUGAGGCAUUUGACUUGUUUGAUGUUCGUGACUUUGGAAAGGUGAUAGAAACACUAUCGCGACUUUCUCGAACACCUAUAGCGUUGGCUACGGGAAUUAGGCCCUUCCCGACGGAAGAAAGCAUCAACGAUGAAGACAUCUACAAAGGCCUUCCUGACUUAAUAGAUGAAACCUGUGCAGAAGAUGAAGAAGGCCUCUAUGACUGUGUGUACGGGGAGGAUGAAGGUGGAGAAGUCUACGAGGACUUAAUGAAGGCAGAGGAAGCACAUCAACCUAAAUGUCCAGAAAAUGAUAUAAGAAGUUGUUGCCUAGCAGAAAUUAAGCAGACAGAAGAAAAAUAUACAGAAACUUUGGAGUCAAUAGAGAAAUACUUCAUGGCACCACUAAAAAGAUUUCUGACAGCAGCAGAAUUUGAUGCAGUAUUCAUCAACAUUCCUGAACUUGUGAAAGUUCAUCGGAACCUAAUGCAAGAGAUUCAUGAUUCAAUUGUAAAUAAAAAUGACCAGAACUUGUAUCAAAUUUUCAUUAACUACAAGGAAAGGUUGGUUAUUUAUGGGCAAUACUGCAGUGGAGUGGAGUCGGCCAUCUCUAGUUUAGACUACAUUUCUAAGACAAAAGAAGAUGUCAAAUUGAAAUUAGAGGAAUGUUCCAAAAGAGCAAAUAAUGGGAAAUUCACUCUUCGAGAUUUGCUUGUGGUUCCUAUGCAGCGCGUUUUAAAGUAUCACCUUCUUCUCCAGGAACUGGUCAAACAUACCACUGAUCCCAUGGAGAAAGCAAAUCUGAAACUUGCUCUUGAUGCGAUGAAGGACUUGGCACAAUAUGUGAAUGAAGUGAAAAGAGAUAAUGAGACCUUACGUGAAAUUAAACAGUUUCAGCUAUCUAUAGAAAAUUUGAACCAACCAGUGUUGCUUUUUGGACGGCCUCAGGGAGAUGGUGAAAUUCGCAUAACCACUCUAGACAAACAUACAAAGCAAGAAAGGCAUAUCUUCUUAUUUGACUUGGCAGUGAUUGUAUGUAAAAGAAAAGGUGAUAACUAUGAAAUGAAGGAAAUAAUAGAUCUUCAGCAGUACAAGAUAGCCAACAAUCCUACAACUGAUAAAGAAAAUAAAAAGUGGUCUUAUGGUUUCUACCUCAUCCACAUCCAAGGACAAAAUGGGUUAGAAUUUUACUGCAAAACAAAAGAUUUAAAGAAAAAGUGGCUGGAACAGUUUGAAAUGGCUUUAUCUAAUAUAAGGCCAGACCAUGCAGACUCCAAUUUCCAUGACUUCAAGAUGCACACCUUCACUCGAGUCACAGCCUGCAAAGUCUGCCAGAUGCUCUUGAGAGGAACAUUUUAUCAAGGCUAUUUAUGUUUUAAGUGUGGCGCAAGAGCACACAAAGAAUGUUUGGGAAGAGUAGACAAUUGUGGCAGAGUUAAUUCUGGUGAACAAGGGACGCUCAAACCACCUGAGAAACGGACCAAUGGACUUCGAAGAACUCCCCGACAAAUGGAUCCAGGCUUACCCAAGAUGCAGGUGAUUAGGAACUACAAUGGAACACCAGCCCCUGCUCUUCAUGAAGGACCCCCAUUACACAUCCAGGCAGGGGACACAGUUGAACUUCUGAGAGGAGAUGCACACAGUCUGUUUUGGCAGUUUUUUGAAGCAACGUAUGCUGGAGCAAUGGAAAGAUUGCAGGCAGAGACUGAACUUAUUAAUAGGGUAAAUAGUACUUACCUUGUGAGGCACAGGACCAAAGAGUCAGGAGAAUAUGCAAUUAGCAUUAAGUAUAAUAAUGAAGCAAAGCACAUCAAGAUUUUAACAAGAGAUGGCUUUUUUCACAUUGCAGAAAAUAGAAAAUUUAAAAGUUUAAUGGAACUUGUGGAGUACUACAAGCAUCAUUCUCUUAAAGAAGGAUUCAGAACCUUAGAUACAACUCUACAAUUCCCAUACAAGGAGCUAGAACAUUCAGCUGGUCAGAGGGGUAAUAGAGCAGGCAACAACUUGUUGAGCCCCAAAGUGCUGGGCAUCGCCAUCGCCCGGUAUGACUUCUGUGCAAGGGACAUGCGAGAAUUGUCCUUGUUGAAAGGCGAUGUGGUGAAGAUUUACACAAAGAUGAGUGCAAAUGGCUGGUGGCGAGGAGAAGUAAAUGGCAGGGUGGGCUGGUUUCCAUCCACGUAUGUGGAAGAGGAUGAAUAA